AUGGGCUUCAAGAUCAUCAUCGUUGGAGGCAGCAUUUCCGGCCUCUCUCUAGCAAACACGCUCGAGAUCUUCAACAUCGCACUCCGUCACAGUGCGCAGGGCGGCAACAGCGCUCUAGAAACAGCCGGUGUUCUAGUGAACCACCUUUGGCGCAAGAUGAACCCCACCUCCCCCGGAGAGUCGCUCACGGAAGACGAGAUCGAAGCUGUCUUUCGAGAAGUUCAAGCGACCUGCUUCAGCCGCGUGUCCGCCGCGGUAGACCAGGGCCGCCGGACCUGCUCCGUUUCGAUGAAGGACACCAUUCUCUCGUGGUUUUUGUGGACCCAUUCUUCGCUCGGUUCAGGCAGAGUUUGA